AUCUUCAUUGUCAUCAUUAUCGAGUCCAGGUCCUCACGAACUAUUCCGACUUUCAUCAUUUCGACUGCUAUGUCAAAGAGAACGGUGAGACGGCUACUCUUUAGCUUAACGGGAGCAUCCUAUAAUGCAAAGCUCUCUGAGCAAUCGGAAGCACAGCACCGGCCAUGGACGGGCACUGUCAUCAUCGUCACAGCUGUCAUUUGUUUGUGGGGAGCUGCCACCGCUGUUCCAGUUGUCUUUUUCUGGGCGGAGCUGGUCCAGCGGGGUAUCACCAAAGCACCGGCGAAACCCACAAUUGUGGACAACUGGGAUGACAUUUUUUCUGACACACCUGAAGAAACGUUCCUUCCCAUUUUUGAUGAUGAUAGUGAGCUUUUGAGCACACCUGUUGGAGACAAGUCUACGAGGUCCACUGCUCCACAGUCAACUAAGCCAUUCAAACCUAAGGCUGAAGCAGCGCCGAAAGAAAACACAACGCUGAAGAAUGGCAUUCAUCAGGCAGAUUCUUUGUCAACAAACGUCAGCGGAGCCACCACGCCAGCUAAAGACAUUACGAAUUCAACUCUAACUACCGUUUCAAGAGCUGAACUUGCCAGUACUAUCUAUCAACGUAAUGGGUCAAACAGCUUCAGAGGACCAACUGCUUCGACCAGUAACUUCACAACAAGAUCCAACGCUAUUGGUAUUACAGCAGACAACAGCACAAAACCUUAUAUGUCCGUGGCAACAUAUGGAGACCAGGAAAUCAGUGAUAGCGCGCAUAGUACCAACCUGCCAGGGCCUAGUACUCGGCUACACACACGGUAUUCUACAGCGCGAAAGGGGAAGAAGGCGAAUGAUUCUGAACGUGAAGCUACAACUAUGGUCGGAGGACUACAACAAACCACGGGUCCUUUUUCCGCAGGUGAAGAAAACGUCACCCUAGCGCUCACGAAAACGAAUGAUGCUGAAGCCUUUAUGAUCAUCAAUAGCACUCAGUACCCGCCUGUUACAAGUGGUAAUUGGACUGAUACAUCUAAAGUACGCGGGUUAAAUACAGUUACUGAUAAUCGUGACGAAGUUGUCACAAGGGUUACUCAGGUUCCGUUGAGCGCAUCUUCAGAACGACCCGAAGUAGAAUAUAUAUCUGAAUCUACUUACAGUGAGCUAGAGGUUAUAUCAAUGCAGGCCACAUCACGUCUGGAAAUGACCAGUCCUGAAGCAAUGGAGGAUUCCUCUGAACACACAGGGUUCACGGCGACGGAACUGGAAGCAGUGACGACGGCGCCUAGUAUCACAGACGCAACGGAUUCUUCGGAUUUCACUGCAUUGUAAAGAUGCUCUCCGGAACGUAGCCAUAGAUUUACAGAUGCUCGAAUAUUCACCUUUGUGUCGUCCCUGACUAAAACGAUUACAUUGUCUAAAGAAAUUCAUCUCUUCAACUUGAGUUAAAGACGAGCUUAGUGUUAAAUGAAGUGAACAUCGUGUUUUCUUAUGUGUGGUA